AUGGUGAGACGACCUCUCGAGGCAGAUCGCUCUCCUGCCGACUCAUCUGCACUCCAUAGGACUCGAGCUCAAUCUGCGCGGAGUGACAGCGACACAAUCAGUCCAAGUCAAUUCACGCCCUCUUCAACUAGGAGUCGUUCGGACUCUGCUAGCCUUCCUGGGACGUUGGAUUUCGACCCGGAUGUGCCAAUCCCUUCGAUCGAAAGAGAGCCCGAUGAGGCAUCAAGCCUCUCUACCCACAAUAGCUCAUCUGCCCGCGCCAGAACGCCUUCCUUUUCUAUUACACCGCCUGCCACGGAGGGAAUGACAACUCCAAUCCCGCCUUCCGGCACCAGCCAUGGAACAAGUCCAACACCAUCCUAUACAGUGCUCAGCCCGGCUACGCGUACCGGAUUAGAGCUUUCGGAAAGGGCAGCAGGAUCGUCCAGUAGAUCUGACUCUCUUCCGGGAGCUGGCCGGCACCAUUCCCAAUCUUUCCCUACCACUUCCGUCGCUGGUCAACAUUCGACUCGAAGUCCCGUGGACAGUGUCACUGUCAGCCACGGCAUUGGAAAUAUCAGAUUGGGAAGUCCCGUGGACAGCGUCACCCACGGCAUGGGGAAUAUCAGAUUUGAUACAGAAGAUACACGGCCUGGUACUCCAACUCCGCGCACUUAUCUCCAUCCACGGUCCCCAAGCCCCAACAUAUCCAUUGAUGGGGCGCAUCGGAGUAUAAGAUCUACUUCCCGUCGUCGGUCAGGCUCUUAUGUUGACCCUACUCCUCACAAUGUUGCCGAAGAGGAACCUCCGCGGGAGCGGUUCCACGAGCCAGAGUUUCAGCGAGAGUUUACCACCGCAAAGAACCUCGUGAAUGAUCUGGUCAAUGUCCUUGCAAGUUCAUCGCUACACAAUGAAGCCCAGUCCCGUAUACGUGCUCUGUACCUACAGGCUGUCGACUUGAGCCGCUUCCAAAAGCCCUCGGCUCGUAUUGUGGCCCUGGUAGGAGACGGUGAAGUAGGCAAAAGCAGCCUCCUAAAUUCGCUCUUGGAUUUUGAGGGCUUCGCUCGAUCGGGUAGCAGUGGGAAGGCGUGUACUUGUGUUGCAACUGAGUAUCAUUACCACGAGAAUGACGAUUUCGCCAUCGAGAUCGAAUAUUUCACCUUGGAUGAGCUUCGAGAUCAACUAACCGAGCUUCUACAAUCAUACCGACACUAUUACCUCCGCCCUGCGCAGGAAAAUGACAAGCCAGAAGGGGAGCAAAACGAUCUUGAAAAGAGGGCCGAGGUCGCUCAAGAUACAUUCCAGGCUGCUUUUUGCAAUCACCUGGCACACAACGAAAGAUUCCUUCUCGAUAACUCCGAGGCGACUGUGCUCCGGACAUUGCUGACGUGGACUAGGGCUACCGGCUUACCGAUAAGGGAGACGCCCGGCGCCGGCCCAGAAAGAGAAUUCUUCAAUGAAGCAAACCAAUGUUCCGAUCGCUUGAUCAAGCUCACCUCUGAGUCGACUUCUCCGAAUGAAGCCUCCAUAUGGCCCUUCAUUCGAAAGAUAAAAGUUUAUCUCAAUGCGUAUAUUUUGAGCAAGGGCCUUAUUCUCGCUGACCUCCCAGGCCUUCGAGACGUCAACUCGGCUCGGCUCAAGAUCACCGAGAGAUACCUGCUCAACUGCGACGAGAUUUUUGUCGUCUGUCGCAUCGGCCGCGCAAUCACUGAUGCUAGUGUCAUGGGGGUGAUCGAGCUUGCAAGGAGGGCUUCCCUGUCGAGGAUUGGGAUUGUCUGCACAAGGUCCGAGGAAAUUCAAGCAGACGAAGCCCAGCGAGAUUUCGGUGGAGAUGCCCCAACAACCAUCAAGAGGCUGAAAGACAAGAUUAAGCAGAUGCAGGAAUCAUUAAAGGCAACUGAGCGUGAAAUAAGUGAUUUCAGCAUCGAUAGUGACACCGAAGCCGAGAUCGAUGAAGAAGAGAGCAAGGAGCUCGUGCGGCUUCACAAUGCCGCUAAAAAAAUCCUGCAGACCAAUGAUUGUGAAAACCUCAGAUUGAAGACGUUUCUUAUGACUACACGCAAUGAGAAAGUCACAGCCGAUCUUCGGACAGCCCACCAGAGUCACAUACCCGGUGGGAACUUGCCAGUCUUCUGCGUCAGCAACCGCGAUUACUGGGAGCAUCGAAGGAACCCGAAAGAGGAGGCCAUGCCCCUCCUUCAUCUCUCUGGAAUCUUGCAACUCCGGAGAUAUUGCCUCUCCGUUGUCGCUGAGAGCCAACUCCAGGCGGCGCUCGACUACAUGUUCGAUGCCAUUCCAGCACUACUGGGUUCCGUCGAACUCUGGGUUCAAUCUGGCGCGGGAAGCCUGAGUGCCGAAAGAAAGCAAGCUAUUCGAGACACCAUAGAAGAGAUAGAAAAGGCAUUAGACACCGUGAGUUGCCUUGCAUCCCCUGUCAAUGCCAACGCGCGGUCAAUGGAACAGCAAUUCAAUACCCAUAUAGCUCGAAGCAUGAGACAAUACUCCAACGAUUGGAGCGAAGCUGCAUAUAAUGUUACCAUAGAAUGGCACGGGUGGUCUCAUGGUAAGCAAAGUCCUUUUCCUUUCAUUUUCUCCGGAGAGCACUCGCCGUGUGAUCAUGUGCAGACUUUUAAAUUUUUGUCAGGUACUUACGCCGCCUUCUGUCGAAAAUAUGGGGAUCACAGCACAAAAGCGACAGUAAGGCCCCGCUGCUGGAACCAGGAAGCUAUACAGGCGAUGGUGGACCAGCUGGCCACCCCAUGGCGAACUUUCCGGCAAAAUCUCCAAGCCUCGCAGGACAACCUGCUGAACACGAUCGAUGAUUGCUUCGAUUGCGCCAUAGCUCUAUCCGAUUCAACUGAUGCCACGGCGCGCUCAAUGCGGACAUUGACCAUGACCAUGAGGCACAGACAAGCUCUUCUCAUUGCCGCCGUGGAGAACCUAGAGGAUGGUUUCCAGAGUGAUCUAUCCGUCCUUCGAACGGAUGCUUUUUCGGGCAUUCGCAGCUCCUUCAUUGGCCAGCUCAUGGAAUCGGCAUACAACAGGACCAUCCAGGAAAGCGGCACAGGAAGCGACUCGCGGCGUAAGAAAAUCAUCGGAGACGCGUUUGGCGACGACCAGCUCUUCGAGCGCCACCGUCGGCAAUUCAGAAGCAGAUUCUCCGCCCUCGCCGGCGGUCUGCAGGACAAGAUCCAAGCGGCCAUCGCCACGCACCUUGCCGCCGUCCAAACCGACCUGGACACGCUGAGAAACGAGAAUGUGGCCCUGGAGAGCGAGCGACAUCCCGAGUUCCGCAAUCGGGUCGAGGACGCGGUGCGCAAUAUCAGACAGGAGAUGGAAGGCGUUUACGCGGUUGCUUCUCGCUUCAGAGCCCCCACUACCUGA